UUGGCAACACUACGGGCGGUAGAUUCGAAUACAAAACGCGCGUUACCGACACGACCAACACUUGUUUCCGAUCAAUUUGCAACAAGCAAAUCGAUCCGAAAUUGUCGCUGUUGUUGCUGCUGCUUAUGUUGUUGUUGUUGUUAUUGUUGUUGCCGAUCUGACGGUUCGCACUCUUCGCACUGCUGUAAAUGGUCGAGCUGCACAAUCAACGUCGACGGUCAUCGUCUAAAGAUCAUGUGACAAAAACAAAUAUGUCCACACAUAUUACAUGGAAUCAUGUCUGAUCUGGCUGACAUUUUGAAAGACACACACAGUAUCUGGCAACGCCUCUUCGACCACAAGGGUUUUCUGAACGGUGAAAUACAAUACGCUCUCCGCGAAUACGAACAAAAACGCAAUGACCAGGAGGUGGAGAAUCUCUUUGCCAUAGUGGAGAAUAUCGCGGACAUCAAAGACACGCAGAUCGAUAAAAGCAAACAGCUGAUAGACUCAACAUUCCCACAAAUUCAAUUGGAUUUAGUGAGAGCUGAUCAUAUGUUGAAAAGUAUAGAAGAGCUUGAGCAGAAACACAAAGAGAACAAUACUUUGGAGCAGAGAAGAGAGAGAAGGAAAGCUGAGUGGAGGAAGUUCGUGGAGGAAAUUACUGAACACUGUUCUGAAAUUGACGAGAGCUUUAUAGAGAAGGAGGACGAGCUGCAAGAAUUUUACAGGGAUCUGGAACGUAAACUGCAUUUAACAAAAAUCCCGUAAGAUGACAACUGCCGCU